AUGGACAACAUAUUGCACGAAUUUCUUCCCCGCGCCAGUGACGAUGGCCAUGAGCGUGGCCAGCGAGCGCUGGUUGUGACAGCGGUCUUGACUGGCAUUGCUGCGCUUAUCGUCGGCAUGCGCCUAUUUGCUCGGCUGGGGUUGAUGAAGAUUACAGGCCGUGAAGACUGGAGUGUUCUUAUUGCCUUGAUAUUCUCCAUCAUAUACCUUUCACUAGUCGCUGCCCAAUACCAUUAUAAAAUGGGUACUCACUCAGCAUUACUUUCGUCUGAAGUGCUCCAAAAGCAGCUAAAAUGCCUCUGGGCUGCCAUUCCCAUGUACAACGCCAGCCUGGCCUUCACCAAAUUCUCCAUUCUUCUGCAAUAUAUCCGCAUUUUCCCCGCUCGUUCCUUUCGUCUCGCCUGCUAUGUUGUGAUGGCGAUCGUUGCUACAUACUCGUCUUGGGCCAUCGUCAGCGGCUACGUAAACUGCGUCCCAGUCGCCAAGUUCUGGAACCACGACUUACCCGGUCACUGCCUGAACUUUGAAGCUGUCUGGUUCUUCAAUGCGUCGAUGAACAUUCUUACCGAUGUGAUACUAUUGGUGCUGCCUAUGCCGCUGCUUGUGAAACUUCAACUACCACGGACGCAGAAGAUUGCCCUGAUGGGAGUCUUUGCAAUUGGUAUUCUUGUCGUUAUUACAAGUAUUCUACGUCUUUCCAGUCUACGAACCGUUGCCCAAAGCACCGACACUUCUUACAGCAAUGUCGAUGCCGCGUACUGGACUGCGGCGGAGUGCAAUGUUGCAAUCAUUUGUGCUUGCCUGCCAUUCCUUCGUCCCAUUAUCAGCAGUAUUUUCCCCAAGCUUCUCUCGACGAACAGCUACAACCGAUACACCUCGAACCCGCGCACCAACACCCGUAACAUCACUGCAUCUCGCUCACAAAGACAACAAACCGACCUGUUCAGCCAAAACAUGGACAAGGAUUUCGAUAUGUAUUCGAUCAAUGUCAAGCACGGAAACCGCUCAAGCCAUAGCUCAUUUGGUGGAAUUGAAGUCACCACCGAGAUGACUGUUUCGCAAGAAUCGAAGGUGGGAGAGACCGUUAGCGAACGACGAUUGGUUAUCGAAUCUCCUCCUCCUUCAUGA